AUGUCGCUAAGCCGCGACAGCAAGUACGGCCGCCAAAAACGGACAGGGUCAGUAGGGGCGGAGCACCCUGCUGAUCCAGAAACGUCAAGAGAAUUUGCAGGACUCUUGACGAAGAUUGCUCCCAACACACAGUCGCUGUGUGUUACUGCCCCUAGUGAUGAGGUGUCCCUCAUCCCUUUGAAGAUCGAAGUGACAAGUGGAAUAUCACUUCGCGCCCUAGUUGACUUUGGGACGUCGAACAGUUUUAUUCGACGCCAGUCGCUAGAGGAUAGUAGGCUCAACUAUGUUGAGCGAGAGUUACCUCCAACGAGGAUGACGGUGUUCCUUGCUGUAGGUGCGUCCGUAACGGUGAGCAAAUGUGUAGUGGGAAUCCACUACACGCUAGAAGGAAAGCAGUACGAUGAUGACUCCAUCGUACUGGAUCCGGAUGACAAAUUUGAUGUCAUCCUCGGUAUGCCUUGGCUUAGAAAGUACUGGCCAUGGAUCAGCUGGCAGCAUCGAUCCGUGAUGAUGCCUGUCGUUUGUUCAUCGGAUGGCCAUAUGAUGAACGUCUUGGAGCGUCCACAAGCGUGUGGAUGUACUACGAGUGAGUGCGAUGGCCUCACUUGUGGUACGGUCGUUAUUACGACUGCACAAGAUCACAGUGUAGAAGUCCACUACAAUAUGGAACCAUCUUCCGGCGCCUGUGUGAAGACACAGGAUGUGCCGAAGCUUCACCACUCGAAGAUAUCGAGUGGACCGGAACGCUGA